AUGCCUUCAAUUAAGUUGCAGAGUUCUGACGGAGAGAUAUUUGAAGUUGAUGUGGAAAUUGCCAAACAAUCUGUGACUAUCAAGACCAUGUUGGAAGAUUUGGGAAUGGAUGAUGAAGGAGAUGAUGACCCAGUUCCUCUUCCAAAUGUUAAUGCAGCAAUAUUAAAAAAGGUCAUUCAGUGGUGCACUCACCACAAAGAUGACCCACCUCCUCCUGAGGAUGAUGAGAACAAAGAAAAGAGAACAGAUGACAUCCCCGUUUGGGACCAAGAAUUCUUGAAAGUUGACCAGGGAACACUUUUUGAACUUAUUCUGGCUGCAAACUACUUAGACAUCAAAGGUUUGCUUGAUGUUACAUGCAAGACUGUUGCCAAUAUGAUCAAGGGGAAAACUCCUGAGGAGAUUCGCAAGACUUUCAAUAUUAAAAAUGACUUCACCGAAGAGGAAGAAGCCCAGGUACGCAAAGAAAACCAGUGGUGUGAAGAGAAGUGAAAUGUUGUGCCUGACACUGUAACACUGUAAGGAUUAUUCCAAAUACUAGUUGCACUGCUCUGUUUAUAAUUGUUAAUAUUAGACAAACAAUAGACAAAUGCAGCAGCAAAUCAAUUGUAUUAGCAGAAUAUUGUCCGUAUUGCAUGUGUAGUUUGAGUACAGAUUUCAAAACCUAUAGUUGAGUUUGUUCUAGUGUGAUCAAACUUGUUCCUUCUUUGCUUUGAAAAUAAAACCGAACUGUGAGUUCUCCAUAGAAAGUGGCAUUUUGGAUUUCCCCUCGUUUUUGUAAAGCAAUUUCUGCCUAGUUUUAGUUAGCAAUCUUUGAGAAGUUGGCAUUGUAAAUAAAACAAC